AUGGCUCCAUGGAAUCUGUUCUCAGGUUCUGGGAACGACGCAGAGCAGGAUCUCCCCAGCACAAUUGAGCCCAAUGUACGAGGCGUGGACACAGCAUUCGAACUGUUCAUCGACGGUGCAAUCACAAAGGUCUACAAUGAGUCUUCUGGGCGUUCCAAGGAUCAGAAGGCGUUGCGAGCUGCAUGCAAAAAGAUACUUGACGAGCUUAGAGGGACCAACGGAGAACAGCAAAAGAUACAUGCGCCCUUGGAUCCCGCCGUUACGGCUAUGGUGUUGGAGCCCCUGCAGAUGGCCUGCAGCAUGGAUGUGCCUCGCAUCGCAGAGCCAGCCCUGAGCUGCUUGCACAAACUGGUAGCGCAUGCUUACCUGCAUGCCGAGAGCACCCCGGCUGGACGCCUGGAUGAUGGCAGCAUUGUUGCGCAGGUGGUGUUGCUGAUAUCGAAAUGCAGCGAGAGCAACGGGGAGUCUGUGCAGCUGGGCGUGGUGCGCGCGUUGCUCACCGUGACCACUGCGGAGCACUUUGUGCUGCACGGCGACUGCCUCAUGCAGGCGGUGCGCUCGGUGUUCAACAUUGCCAUUGGCGCAGACUCUGCGGACCUGCAGCGCACGGCUCGCAGCGCCCUGCUGCAGAUGCUCAACACCAUCGUCAAGCGCGUCACUCAGGCCGCCGCGAUCAGCCGGGAGGCAUCCCUGGCAGAGGAGCGGCGGCAGUCCCUGCCGCAGGAGGCGAGGGCAAAUGUGGCGAGCGGAGAGGAGGAGCAGCCUUCUGCCAGUGCAGCAAAAGAGGGCUCGCCUGAUGCUGACGGACCUGCAGGUGUCAGCAGGCGGGCUAGCACAGAAGGGGCCGCAGAAGCGCUACAGGGGGGCGUGUUCAAUGGCGAUCUCGGAGCAGACGAGGCCUCCAGCAGGGAAGUACAUGAUGAUACAAGGCAUGGCAACGGCAUGGCUGCUGCCGCUGCAGAAGCGAAUGGAUCUGCGACGCCAGAUGAGGCUGCUGCUGGCGCGGGGCUGAGCGUUUCUACCGGCAGAGAGGGGAGCAACAAGGAAGCUGAGGCUUUGGAAACGGAGAUAAGCGUGAUUCCAGAGGAAGAGGCGCCAAGGCCCAGGCUGCCAGACCCGAUGAGCAGCACGCGCACCGCCCAGUUGGCAUCCCUGGCAGAGCAGGCCGAUCUCAGGGGACUUGAAAAGGCGCUGGAUCAGAUAGAGGCAGAGCGCAAUGCAAAGGCGGGCGAGGAGGCCGCCGCCAUCGCCAAAGCUGCCGGCACAGAGGUGGAGGCAUCGCCGCGUGACGUGCGCCGCAUCAUGAUGCGCGGUCGCAAGGUGGCGGCCUGGCGGCGGCUGUCACUGCCAGAGAGAGACGUCCUGACAGUCCUGUCUGCCAUCUGCAAGAUGGCCGCGAGGGAGACUGGGUUUGGUGCGGUGGAGCAGUACAUGCAUGCUGGUAAACUGCUGGCGUUAGAGCUGCUGGUCAGAGUCUUUGAGAACCCGCACCACCACUGGUCAGCGCUGCGUGCUGAGUUCUGCGAUCAGCUGCGGUCGCCCCUUUGUCUGACGCUGCUGCGAAAUUGCACUUCCCCUUACGAUGAGGCGUACUCGGCCGCCGCACGCCUCUUCACAGCCGUACUGCUUCAGCCAAAGCUCCGGUCUGGGCUGAAGGCUGAGAUGGGCGCGUUCUACCCGCUGCUGCUGCUGCGGCCGCUGGAGGCCGAGCGCCCCGAGCCUGGCCAGCUGCUUGCCGCGCUGUCCGCCCUGGAGAAGCUCAGCGGGCAGGCCCAGUUCCUGGUGGACCUGUUUGUCAACUACGACUGUGACCUGCAAGCGGCAAACCUUUUUGAGCGCACGGUGCGCGGCCUGGCGCGGAUUGUGCGCAUGGGCGACCCCGGCCCCGGCAUGCUGCAUAUGGCGGGCCCGGUGGUGAAUGUCAACGCCGCCUCACGGCCGCGCCCGCACUCGCUGGCCGCUGACGUGGCGCUCGCCGAGUCGGCGGAAGCGACAACUGCAGCAGUGGCAGAUGAGAGCGCAGAGGAAGGGGGGACAAGAACUAGCACAACAGAUCUGCCCUCUCUUGGGGCCGCUCCCUCGCUGCCAGCAGGCGCCAACGGGGCGGCUGAUUCAGCGGGUGAGCUGGCACGCUUCGGCGCGGCCAAAGAGCGCAAACACAGCCUUGAGGCCGGCAUUGCUCUCUUCAACAGGAAUCCUGUGAAGGGUGUGGCGUCCCUCAUGGGCUCUGGCACGGUGGAGGGAACGCCUGCGGCCGUGGCUGCCUUCCUGAGGGAACACCUGGCAGACCUGGACAAGGGCCAGCUGGGCGAGUACCUGGGCCACCACGAAGACUUCGCGUGUGCUGUGAUGUACGCCUACAUUGAUGGCGAGCAGUUUCAGGGCUACAGCAUCGAUGCUGCGCUGAGGCUUCUCCUAGGCAACUUUCGGCUUCCAGGCGAGGCGCAGAAGAUCGACCGCAUAAUGGAGAAGUUUGCCGAGCGCUACUGCCGGGACAACCCCGGCGCCUUCAAAACAGCCGACGGCGCAUACCUGCUCGCAUUCGCGCUGAUAAUGCUCAACACGGAUGCGCACAAUCCCCAGGCCGACAAGAAGCUCGCGCUGGACGACUUCGUCAACAUGUGCCAGGUCCAGAAUGAUGAGGGAGCGUACGAGGCCAUCUUGCCGCCGGCAGAGCUGGAGGACAUCUACAGGCGCAUCCUGGCCAACGAGCUGGUGAUGGAGGAAUCCCCCGGCCUGGGAGGGGGGUCCGGCGGUGGCGCAGGACCUUCCGGCAGUGGGCGCCCCCGGCGACAGUCCCGGCUGCAGGGCAAGCGCCUCGCUGCCGCCAUGGGCAUGACUCAGCUCACACUACCCUUCAGGUCGGGCGCGCAGUGGGACAAGCAGCAUGGGGUGGAUGUGGAGAGGGAACGGCUGCUGGCUCGAACGCGCGACGCCGUGGCCCGGGGCCUGAUGGCCGGCAACCUCUGGCACACCGCCUCCAACGCAGAGCAUGCGCGUCCCAUGCUGCAGGUUGGUGGAGAUGGCAUUCUGAGGGCGCUGUCUGCGGCAGAGCACAAUGCGCCAGACGCCGCUGCCUCGCAGCCCAUCCUGGAGGGCUUCAUUACUGCAAUCAGGCUGUGUGGUGUGGUGGGCCUAGACCGGAUGUGCGAGGAUCUCAUAGCGGCACUGGCAGCCGCGGCGGGCGCGCACACUCCAGCGGCCCCCGGCAGCGCAGCAGAGGGCAAACAGGUCGCUGCGUUGGCAGCGCUGGUGUCACUGGGUGCCGGCCCAUCGGCGGCGCUGAUCGGCUCAGGCUGGGUCACCAUCCUGCGCACACUGUCUGCCGUGGACGCGUUACAGGCCAAUCUGCCCAUAAUUCUCUUGGAGAGAACGCCGCAGCCUAGCCCCAGCAGGACGACAUCAGCGCUGCCGGCGCAGGCAACGCCCCCGGAUGCAGGCGGCGGCGGCGCGUCCGGGGACAGGCGUACCUCCGCCGCGCAGAGCCAGAACAGGCCGCCCAGGGCGUCCGGCCUUGGGCGCUUCUUCUCCAAAAUGGGCGGGGAUUCUGUCGCACCAGAGGCGCCUGGCGAGGAAGAAGAGGAGGCAGCUUCGGGGCCAUCUGCAACCGCUGCAAACUCGCGUCCGCCCACAGGGGAAGUGCCGAUCAGGGUGCCCAAGCUGGCGCAGAGAUCCGGGCCUGGCGGUGCUCUGGCGGAUUGGGCGGACGGGCCAGGCCGGGGGGACAUAGAGCGGCUGUACAUGUGCAGCGGCGUGCUCAAUGGCGACGCGGUGGUCGUCUUCAUGCGCGCGCUGUGCGCGGUCAGCCAGGAGGAGCUCGUGCCCGCCUCCCCAGAGGAGCCCGCCAGGACGUACACGCUGGCGCGCAUAAUGGACGCGGCGACGGACAACCUGGGGCGAAUCCGGCUGAUCUGGGGCCGUCUGUGGGCUGCGCUGUCGGCGCACCUCGUCUCCGCGGCGUGCCACCCCGACCCGGGCGUCGCCGUGCUUGCCAUCGGCCACAUGCGCGGAUUAGUCACCCGGCUGCUCUCACGCGCCGAACUGCACUGCUUUACCCACCAGGCACGCGCGCCGUCUCACGACGAGGCGCUGCGGCCGUUUGUGGCUGUCAUGCGGCAUGCGGACAGCGCUGUUGUGCGCGAGAUGACCGUGCAGGUCAUCGCGCAAGCCAUCUCCGCCCACCCAGAAGGCCUCGGCUCAGCGUGGCGCAGCGUGCUGCAGGCGCUCUCUGUGGCCGCAGCCGAUGGCGCGCCACCGGUGGUGCAUCAGGCGCUCGACGCGCUGCGCGCCGCGUCUAACGCGCUGUUCCGUGGCUGCGGCCUCGGCCACGAGCUCUUCCCAGACGCCGUUGCGGCGAUGGCUGCUGCCGCGCGCAACCCGACACACGAGCCGCUGUCAAUCGCGGCCGUGCUCGCGCUGCAGGAUGUCGGCAAACGCCUUGCGGACGCGCCCGCCUCGGAGCUGGAGGCGUCUCAGCAGCAGCAAGGCGUGCGGCUGCACCGGUCCCUCUCAGCAGACAGGGAUGCAGCUGUCGACAGGGCAGACCAAGCACAGACACCACCACACAGCAAACCAGAGGCAGAGGAGCCGUGGGGCCUGUUAUUAGCCUCCCUGGCACUCGUGGCGCGGCACGAUCCCCGGCCGCGCGUGGCCGACGCGGCGGCUGCGGCUGCGCUCGGCUGCGCGGAAGCGCACUGCGACCGCUGGCCGGCAGCCGUCUGGGACUCUGUCUGGCAGCGUUCCCUCUCCUACGUCCUCGACCUGCCCUUCCCGCCCUCUGCUGACGACGACGGCCCCUCUGCUGUCCCCCCAAGGGUGCUGGGGUGGAGUGUGGAGGGCAUGCGGCGCAUCCAGAGGCACGCCGCCGAACUGCUGCCGCGCCUCUUCAUGAUCAUGGCCGCCCGAUUUGACGUGGCCGGCCCCGCCAUCCUGCACCAGGUGGUGAGCCUGCUGGUGUCCUACGUGGUCCAAAUGGACGAGGCGAUGGCGGCGGAGGGAACGCAGCUGCUGGUAGAACUGGCCAGUUCAUUAGCGCCUGCCCUGGACGCGCCAGCCUGGCAGACCCUGCUCAAGGGCCUCUCCAUCGCCUCCAGCACCGAUCACUUCUCUGCCGUCCUCAACCCACACGCCAGGGAGCCGAUCGGGUACGCGUACACGCGCUCGGGCCGGCAGAGCGACGCGGACGCGCUGCGGGUGCGAUGCCGGGUGACUGUGCUCAUGCAGCGCGCAUGUGACGCCGUGCACCGCGCAUGCUCCCCCCACAUGCCCCUCGCCAUCCAGCUGCAGCUGCUCUCCGUGCUGCAGGACACGGUGCAGCGGGCGGCUGCCUUCAACCGCAGCCUUAGGCGCCGGGCACAGGCUGCGGAAGUCAUCGCCCCGGCCUCCGCAUCACAGCACCCUUCCAGCUCCGCCUCUGUCCCCAAACCACCCCAGGGACAGUCAAAAUGGCCAGCACAGCGCAGCCUGGAAGCAGCCACCUCUGUGGCCGCCGCUGCAGCGCAGUCUUCUGAGCAUACACCGGCAGCAUCCGACCAGCCAGAGCCAGCCGCCACAGCGGAUGGCACUGCAGAAGCUGACAAGACUGCUCCAGAAACAGGCACCAGCAGUGAUCAGCCACAGCCAGAGGCAGCAGCUGAAGCUGCUUCUGCGCCUGGUGGGUCUUUGGAGCCUCAUCCCGGAUCGGAGCAGACCCCAGCAGAUGCAGAGAGCGCAGUCAAUGAAGGCUCGGCAGAACCUCCCUCUGCUGCAGAAGAGACAGAAGUCGCAGUAAACAGCGGUGAUUAUGCGUCCAGCUCAACGGCAGAGGCCCCGUCAGCAGUGCAGGAGGCAACGCCUCAAGCUGCGACGUCCGGGGUGCGUGAAUUGUUGGCAGGGGCGGCGGGCAAGGAUUUGGGGGUGAGCGAUGCGAAUGGAGAGCGUGAUGAAGGGAAUGUGGACCCUGCCGGCAUGGCGGGCAUCGCUGACGAGGAAGCCAUGCUGCCGGCGCUCAUGCGACAGGAGACAGAGGGAGGCGCGUUGCUGAUUGAGGCGUUCCGGCGCACCAUCACAGCCCAAGGCGAGGGCAGCGGUGAGGCGGAGGCGCGACUGCUCGCGUUCUGUCGGCGAUUCGUGGCCGACGCGGCGGCCGAUGCGUGGGCGCAGCACGCAGCCGCAGCCGGCUGCGCCGGCGACGGCGGCCACGCACUCACACCCGAGGGCUACUCCUGGGACCAGGCGAUCCGCGCGCCGCUGACGGUGGCGGUGUUGGGCGGCUACCGAGCGGUGUGCGGCGAGGCCUGGCGCGGCGAGCUGCAAAAGGUGUUCCCGCAUCUGGCGCGCCUCAUCUGCUCCGGCCAGCCGUCCGUCCGCGCCGCGCUCGCCGGGCUGCUUCAGGCGCAGCUUCCGCCGCUCAUCGCCGAGCUGUGAAGAAAAUCUUACCUGGUCCAGUUGGGGGAAUUCCGGGCAGACCCAGUGCUGCUCGAGAGUGCGCUGCAAGAGCAGCUGAGGUUUGAUCUCCAAUGCAAGCUCCCAUUCAUCCGAAACGGAGCUGCCGCCGCUUGAGCUGUAGGCCACUGAUCAUAAUAUUGCGUCUCAUCAAUGUGAGAGGCAGUUCAGGCGGUACACUUGCUGCUGAGAUAUGUGUGAAUGCUGGUGCUGUCAGCAAAGGAGGAGGAAAAUUUGAACUGCUAAAAGGUCCUCAAUAGCUGUGGGUAAAGGAACAUGGGAACAAGGCUUGCAGACUUGGUUCAUGAUUUGGCGCACCUGCUGCCCGUUAGAAUCUUUAACCUCCUUAGAUAUGUCAAGAGGUAUUUAGCUGCGAGUAAUCAAUUCGUUGGGGUCUGCGCUGGCUGGCCCACAAGCAGUGUGCUUUGCAAAGCAAAAAUAAAAUGGUCUUGAUUCAUUCUAUUCCAUGCUGGCCACUUGAAGCAGGACUCAGGUCCUGGUCCUGUUCCAGAUAUUGUUGUAGGCUGCAGGCUAUACUAGAUACUGGUUGAGUGGGUGGUAAAUUACCAUUAGAAUGAGCAGUCAUGUGAGAGGACAGAGCGCAUGCAGGAAAGUGUAUGGGGUGAGUGUUGCAUUAUGCAUUAGGUAGGACCUUCCCAGAAUAGAAGGAGCAUGUAAAUGGCCGGAAUGC